AUGAAUACCAAGCUGUUGGAGUAUUUUGCUAAAAAUAACGUGAAAAAUCUUUAUGUGCUACAUAAAGCUAAUCAAAAAAAGAAAGGGAUCUAUUCAUUAACAAAGCCUUUCAUUGAGCCAGAGGAAAUGGUCACAUCAUUCUUUACUAAACCUAAAAUCCAAAAGACUGAAGAAGAAGAGUUCGUUGAAGAGUUCAUCAAAGUGAACGAUGAUAUAAGCAAGAAUACAGUCAAUCAUAAUAAGGACUCGUUUGACUCAAGUUUUGACAUAAAAUAA